UGUUUGGGCUCGCCACCAGCUGACAAAAACGAAAAGACAACGCGGAAGUAAAACUUCAAGCGGGUUUGUUUUGUUCUUGCCCACCAUUCUUUCCUCGUGGACGAAGCCAUACUAGCUGAAUACCCAACUCUCCGUCGACAGAAACAUGUCUAAACUACAAUUGUUUCGUGUGUUUUUAAAUGAGCGUUUAACAGCGGCAGCUGUGGAGAUUUUCGGGGCAGUUGAAGAAACGGUAGCGGACUACCAGGAGGAGAAUGAUCGGCUACGGAGACUGCUGCGGGUCACACCGGAGAUAAAACGAUGCAGAAUAGACUCCCUGCAACUCUCUGUCUCUGAGGAGGAGGUUAUCCCUGAUCAGUGGCACUGUGAGCAGGAGUGGAGCCCCAGUCUGGGGCAGGAGAACCCAGAGCUUCCACAGAUUAAAGAGGAACAGGAAGAAAUCAGGACCAGUCAGGACGAAGAGCAGCUUCAAGGGCUGGAGGCUGAUAUCAUAGAGUUCAAAUUCACUCCUUCCUGUGUGAAAAAUGAAUGUGAUCAGGAGGACCCAUUUCAGUCCUUGACUCUUCCCCAAACCCAGACUGUGGAGAACAGAGAGAGUGAUCCUAAACAAGUGGAUCUCACACCUUUUGUUACUGUGACCCACUUUAAGGGUCUCAACAUUCCCUGUGACCCUCCAGACAAUCAAAACAAUGCCUCCAGCCACGGCUCAGCCGUAAGCAGCGACCCAGUAGGACUUGACAGCAGCCCACGAUUGAAUCCCAGCCCAUCAUUGGAUCCAAACCCAUCGAUGGGGGAACACUGUUUCAAACCCAGCACCACGUCUAGAAAAACUCACCACUGCCGUGACUGUGGUGAAAUGUUUGCUCUGAAAGCUGACCUGAAGAGUCAUGUGACUCUCGCCAUGCAGAGACCCAGCGAAUGCCACGUCUGCAGAAAACACUACAACUCCAGCUGUAAACUGACGGCCCAUGUCCGACUCUGUCGCGGUAGGAAACCCUGCACCAGCCCUGUUUGUAGCAAGACCUUCAAACUCAAAGCAGACCUGUCCAAGCACAUGAGGAUUCACACAGGGGAGAAAUCAUUUAGUUGUGGAGACUGUGGGAAGCGCUUCAAUCGCAAGGGGAACCUUACUGAUCAUAUUCCUAUUCACACAGGAGAGAAAGCAUUUAGCUGUGCUGACUGCGGAAAAAGAUUCAGUCAGAAGGGGACCCUACGGAAGCAUAGACUGACUCACACAGGAGAGAAACAAUUUAUCUGUAGAGACUGUGGGAAAAGCUUCUAUCAGAGAGGGGACCUAAGUAGGCAUAUACGGACUCACACAGGAGAGAAACUUUUUAUAUGUGGUGACUGUGGGAAAAGCUUCAAUUUGAAGGGGAACCUGAAGAAGCAUGAACUGACUCACACAGAAGAUAAACCAUUUAGCUGUGGUGACUGUGGGAAAAGCUUCAAUCACAAGUCUAACUUACUGACGCAUGUUAAAAACAUCCACAAAGGAGGAAAACAGGAGGAAAUCUUAAAGAACUGUUUAGUCACAAGAUGAGAAUAAAAGGGCAGGAUGUGGACAAUACUCUGAGUACACGUUCAUGGACUCACAUCUAUUGGUUGGUGGAGGACGACACGAUGAUACCUCUCCUAGGGACCUGCUCUCCAUGCUUCAGGAUUAAAGUUCCCCUGGUCUCUGAUCUAUUCUAUUGGUAACCUGCUGUUUCUCUCCACAGUGUUCUCUGCUACUCUCUGAUAUAGUUCCUUUACAUCUGUCUGGAGGGAGAGAUAGAGGUCACAGAAUGAGGUUCCUAGUCUCAACACUCUCCAAGAGGUCACAGAAUGAGGUUCCUAGUCUCAACACUCUCCAAGAGGUCACAGAAUGAGGUUUCUAGUCUCAACACUCUCCAAGAGGUCACAGAAUGAGGUUCCUAGUCUCAACACUCUCCAAGAGGUCACAGAAUGAGGUUCCUAGUCUCAACACUCUCCAAGAGGUCACAGAAUGAGGUUCCUAGUCUCAACACUCUCCAAGAGGUCACAGAAUGAGGUUCCUAGUCUCAACACUCUCCAAGAGGUCACAGAAUGAGGUUCCUAGUCUCAACACUCUCCAAGAGGUCACAGAAUGAGGUUCCUAGUCUCAACACUCUCCAAGAGGUCACAGAAUGAGGUUCCUAGUCUCAACACUCUCCAAGAGGUCACAGAAUGAGGUCCCUAGUCUCAACACUCUCCAAGAGGUCACAGAAUGAGGUUCCUAGUCUCAACACUCUCCAAGAGGUCACAGAAUGAGGUUCCUAGUCUCAACACUCUCCAAGAGGUCACAGAAUGAGGUUCCUAGUCUCAACACUCUCCAAGAGGUCACAGAAUGAGGUUCCUAGUCUCAACACUCUCCAAGAGGUCACAGAAUGAGGUUCCUAGUCUCAACACUCUCCAAGAGGUCACAGAAUGAGGUUCCUAGUCUCAACACUCUCCAAGAGGUCACAGAAUGAGGUUCCUAGUCUCAACUCUCUCCAAGAGGUCACAGAAUGAGGUUCCUAGUCUCAACACUCUCCAAGAGGUCACAGAAUGAGGUUCCUAGUCUCAACACUCUCCAAGAGGUCACAGAAUGAGGUUCCUAGUCUCAACACUCUCCAAGAGGUCACAGAAUGAGGUUCCUAGUCUCAACACUCCAAGGCUUUCUAGAGGAAAAUACCUUUCUAGAAGAAAAUACCUCUGACAGUGUCACAGCUAACCCGUUUGUAAAAUGGAUAAAAUCUCCUGCCAAAUGGCAUAUACAAUGGAGUCUGAACUGAUUGACGUCCUUGAUAAAUAUGAGCAAUCAUGACCUUAUAAAAUAAAUAAUUCAAAUGCUGAGCUAUUUUGUAUGCUUAAAAAAAUUGGGAAAGUAUAUUAUUUUAUAUGAAUACAAAUGCUCAUAGAAAUAUAUUUUUUAUCUCAAAAGAGUGGUGGUAAACAUUGACACCCCUGAAGAUUGUAAUAAAUAAAGUAGAUGAAAUACGACAUCGAGCCUGUGACUCUAUGAACUCUACAAAAGUUUGUUUUGGUUUCAGAUUAUUUUGUGCCCAGUAGAAAUGAAUGGUAAAUAAUGUAUUGUCAUUUUGGAGUCAGUUUUAUUGCAAUAAGAAUACCUUUUGGGGGAAAAUUGUAUAAAAUAAUACCUUAUAGCUCAGUAUUUGAAUGAUUUAUUUUAUACAUUAUUGCUAAUCUUUAUCAAAGAUAAUUUGAUAAUUAUUGUAGAUCCCACUGUAUUAUGAACUCAGUGGCGACACUUCUGCUUUCCUACCACUAGAUGGUGCUGUUUAGGAUGUCUCCCCACUAGAUUGCGCUGUUUAAGAUGUGACUGCAGUAUCUCAGUAUAUCAAACCUGUUAGUCAUUUCAUCUUGUUUUCCAGAGACCUAUGAGGGCAUAAACCAUUACUAAACACAUUGUAUUACAACCAAACAGGCUUAUACUAAACUGAACCAGACAUGACUGACCUGGACUGACCCUGGGAAUGAGGGAAGAUGUUGUGUACUGUAGGGUCAGAGGUGACUGUAAAUCAGGAUUAGGUUCACAACACCAGGAGAGUCCAAGUAAACAGAUGUGUGUUAUCCAGAUUGACCACAAUGUGGAGGAGUGGGACUUUCACUGUAUGCAUUAGUCUACUACAAUAGAACGAGGUGUAGAUGAGGUAUCUGCUUAAAUGUUCUCAGAAAGAGGACAUCUUUUAAUUCUAUACAUACAGGCUUCUAGACUAAUGCAUGUUGAGUAAAUAAAACUAAACACAUG